UUUGAAGCGAGACGCACGGCUUGCUCCAGCUGUGAAUUAACUAAAUGAAACGUGCACAGUGUUCAUAAGAGAUAAUUACAUAUUUACAAAUGUACAUACGGAUCUAGAUCCAUUAGCUGUGUAUAUAUAAUUAUCCUAGACCAAAAAUCGUGACUGACAAGCAGAUAAAGGCGUUCCACGCUGAGGACCAGCAGAAUUCGCCUGGUCAGAAUGAAUUUCUACUAUGGUUUAGUGAUCAUAUUGGCAUUGGUUUCAAUUGCUGAAAUCGGCAGCAGCAGUCGCACCUUCAUUGUGGACUAUGAGAAUGAUCGGUUUCUAAAGGAUGGACAGCCAUUUCGCUUCAUAUCCGGCUCCUUUCACUAUUUUCGGGCUCAUCCUGAUACCUGGUCGAGGCACUUGAGAACAAUGCGUGCCGCUGGUCUCAACGCAGUUACUACAUACGUAGAAUGGUCACUACACAAUCCGCGCGACGGCGUCUACGUUUGGAAUGGCAUUGCAGACUUGGAACGCUUUAUACGUCUGGCUGUCGACGAGGACUUGUUGGUGAUACUGCGUCCAGGUCCCUAUAUUUGUGCUGAGCGCGAUAUGGGCGGCUUUCCAUACUGGCUUCUGAACAAGUUUCCUGGCAUACAACUGCGCACAGCCGACAUUAACUACCUUAGUGAGGUGCGCAUAUGGUAUGCCCAGCUAAUGGCACGCGUUGUGCCUUAUCUUUAUGGCAACGGUGGACCCAUUAUCAUGGUUCAGGUCGAGAACGAGUAUGGUUCGUACUUUGCUUGCGACCUAAAUUAUCGCAGCUGGUUGCGCGACGAGACCCAGAGCCAUGUUAAGGAUAAUGCCGUGCUGUUUACCAACGAUGGACCCACCGUGCUGCGUUGCGGCAAGAUUCAGAAUGUUUUGGCUACGAUGGAUUUUGGAGCCACGACAAAUCUCAAGGACAUCUGGAGCAAACUGCGACAGUACGAGCCUAAAGGUCCACUAGUAAAUGCCGAGUACUAUCCCGGCUGGCUGACACACUGGACAGAGCCUAUGGCCAAUGUGAGCACUGAGGCAAUAACGGGAACAUUCAUUAAUAUGCUAGAGAGUGGCGCCAGUGUGAAUUUCUACAUGUUUUAUGGUGGUACCAAUUUUGGUUUUACGGCAGGCGCCAAUGACAACGGACCUGGUAACUAUAUAGCAGACAUAACCAGCUAUGAUUACGACGCGCCCAUGACAGAAGCGGGUGAUCCCACGCCCAAGUACAUGGCACUACGCCACAUUAUUGGCAGGUAUUUACCACUGCCGGAUGUGCCAGUGCCGCAGCCGGUGCCAAAACGGGCCUACGGCAUUGUCAGGCUGCUCAGCUGCUGUACGCUGUUCUCCAGAGAGGGUCGAGAAAAACUCAGUACGGGCGUUGUGCGCUCUACGAACCCAAAAACGUUUGAGGCCCUGAACCAAUACUCUGGCCUGGUACUGUAUGAAUCUUGGUUGCCCGCGCAGUUUAAACGGGAUCCGAGUGUGUUGCAUGUGCGCGGCCUGGCGGACCGUGGCUACGUCUAUGUGGACAAUGAAUUUGUGGGCAUACUGGCGCGAGAGACGCCCAUUUUUGAUUUGCCACUAAGUGCUAGCUCGGGUAGGCACUUACAGAUUCUGGUAGAGAAUCAGGGACGCCUUAACUAUGGAAGGCAGCUAAAUGACUUCAAGGGCCUCACGAAGGAUGUGCGCCUGGACAAGCAGAUAUUGACCAGCUGGAACAUGACUAAGUAUCCGCUGGAAUCGUACGAAAACCUAGAAGCUCUCAUAACCCAGUCGACUGAAGCGGCAAAAGUUGGCUUUCAAGAGAUCAGAAAACUGAAGACGAUACUACGCAAUGGACCAGCUAUCUACUACGGCAGGUUAACCAUCGACAGCGCCGAUCAGCUGGCGGACACAUACCUGGAUAUGUCCGGCUGGGGAAAAGGUAUUGUCUUUCUGAACGGCGAGAAUCUGGGCCGCUACUGGCCUCUGGUUGGCCCGCAAAUAACACUAUAUGUGCCCGCCGCAGUACUAAAAGUGGGCGGGAACCGUUUGAUCCUGGUGGAAUACCAACAGACGCCCACUAAUAUGGAGCUGCAGUUUCGCGAUACGCCCAUUUUGAAUAGCAGAGUAAAUUAGCUUAUACAACAAUAGUACAUAAUGAUAUAUGACAUAUGUAAAUUUUUCAAAAUAAUUUUUUUUGUAAGGCAUAAAAA